GUAGUAUUGGAUUGACAGAGCUCUUGAGAGCAGUGAAAGUGUGAAGAGUAGAUCAGUCUCUUGUCUAAGGAUCGGGCUACCCGAUACUAAGUUAGGAAUUUCAAGUUAAAAUUAGAAAGGAAAACACUUGCGAGAGCUCAGACGCUUUUAACUGUCUUAUACAUACAAUGGAAUACACACAAUGGAGAAAGUGGAAAUAUUAAGUUGAACGUCUGUAACCUGUUUGAUGUGUGAGUGGACGCAAAUGAAAGUGUUAAAAUGGUCCGUAAAAAACUAACUCGGUUCAAGAGCCAGGCUUAAUGCCGUGGAUUUGUGAAACAAUAGGAGUGUAUGUAACGGUCAGAGUUUUUGAUUUGCACUUGAAAAACAAUGCCUCUCGACCUUCAAACAAAUAUUAAAUUAUCGAUGAUCGCCGAUGAGAAUACAUUCGUUGGUGUUACCUUAUCUUAAACACUAAAAGUAGCGAUAAAUCAGGAUCUCAAAAGUAAGCUGUUGGAUUAUCGAAAUAUUUUAUCGGCUGCUAAGAAAUCAAGAACAGAUUUGUUGGGACAUUUCUAAUGAUGGAUUAUAGUUAUUGAUGUCUUAGUAACAAUGAUCACUAUUCAGAACAAAAAUUCAACGAAACUACGUGACUUUUAAAUUAUUUCCAAGUACGACUGGUGUAAACAACUAAAGGCGAUACAAAAAUAGACAGCUAGUGUUUACACUUAUAUAAUAUUCGAUAUAAGGAACGUUAAGUGGAUACUGACGUACGUAGGCAAUUAAAAAUCUAUAGAGUCUAUAUCGUUUAUACUUUUCACAAAGGAACUUUGAGUUGACUGAGCACACAAGACUAAAACAAAAUGCAAUAAAAUGCGACCAUGGUGCGGAAUAACAUGAGUGAGUUACCUCCCAUUGGAAAUCCUUCUCUGGCGAGUCAGUCGCCUAGGGGCUACGGGAAAUCAAGUAGCAAUGGUUCCGUUACGCCACGAUCGGCUCGAGACCCCAGCCCAAUAAGCUACCUGGGGACUCCUAGAGUACUAACACCACGAUCUCAACAGAAAAUAAUGCUUGCAGUCCCUGGAUUACCCACGAAACUGCCAAUAAAAAUUAAAACAUCAGAACGAUCAGAACAGAUCUCUCUGGACAUGAAAUGUAUAAGAGACGACACUGGUAAAAGAACUUCUCCAUUAGCCAGUCCAAAGAGCAUGCAAAGUAAUAAUUCGGUGGCAUCAUCUAAUUCUAGUACAAAUGGGACACCUAGACUUUCAAAUCGGGUCAGAAACGCUGAUAAAGCGACACCAGGACGGGUAUUGCACAAAUCAAAUUCAUGGUGCGCUGAAUCAAGACCUUCUCCAAAUCAAAAAUUAGAAACUUUGUUCGAAACAAAACGCAAUGUAACGUGCCAAGAAACCACCUUUACUCAUGAGGACCCGAAUGAGCCCCCUGUUAUAUCACCUGGAAGGGUCAGACAUUUUAGCCUUACUUCAAUCGGUAAGGACGGCGAGGGGGUAAAACGUGCAGUGACGAGUAAGAAUAAAGCGAGACCAUCAGACAUUAACAAGAAUAAAAUAAGGCGGAAUUAUUCUGACCAAAACCUUGGUGACAGAAAAAUGAGCCAUAGUACUGAUUCGGUGUCACCAAAAGCAAUCAACGAGGAGAAGCAAAUAAACGCUGAAUAUACAGCGAAUGUUAUGGACAAGAAACCACCAAUUCCAAAACGGCCUUCUACAUCCAAUGGACUAAAUAAAAAACAACUUGAAAAAUUUCACAGAGAAACCACUAAGGUUUCAAGACAAUUGUCAAACGAUUCUCAAUCAGACUAUAUUGGAUCAGAUGACGGGGAAUAUGAUGAUAGGAUUAUUACAUGGCUCAUGGGAGUUGAUCGAGGCGUUGAGACACCUCCCGAAAUCCCUAUAGAUUAUGAAGAGAAGCAACAGACAGAUACGGCAAUUCAUGUUGUAUAUGAAGAAAAGACCUGACCCAGAUUUGCUCAAUAUGGCGACCAAAGUUAAUGUAAGAUCACCUAUAGUAAUGAGGGUGAAACGUAAUGGACGCCAUAGGUCUUUAUAUGCAAAUCUUACAAUUAAUAGAUGAGUUUGCGCUUUGGCAAUCAGAUGUUCUGUGUACAUAUUAAUUUAUCUUUAAUAUGUAAACAUUGUCUUAAAAAUGUAAAUAGUUUGUUAUAGAAUACAACCAAACAAUGGGUUAAUGUAUAACAAAACUAGUUUUAACUAUCAUCGGAUAAGAAAUAGCAUGUUUCAAAUCAUUUGAAGUGUCUGUACACAAAUUGAGAGAUUGUGAUAGGUUAUCAGAACACGCCAUUGUCCAUUAUACUGAAUGCUAGUUUAUCAUCGUUUUAAUUAAGUGUACGAUUGUAUUGACAUUUUAUAUAGAUAUGCUGUUUAUAAGAUACUUCUCGUGUAUAUGAAAAUUGCAUGUACAAAUUCAAUGAUAGAUGUUUUUCUUAAUAUUUUUAUAUUCUAUUGACAUGAAUAUCUUUUUUUAUGAAGUGAUAUAUCAUGUUUUAUAUUGUUGAAGGAAGGCGCAAUGAACAAAUCCGACUUGAGUCAUGAAAUUCAACCAUAUAAAGUCGAAUUUUAUAGAUGAUCAAAUAUAAUGGCCAAGUUCGAAUGUAUAACUAUUGCAUUCUAUCAUAGACUCACUUAGAGACUUUAUAGUGUAAGUAUGUGAUUCUAAGUUGAUGUUCUUUUAUUAUGUCGCCAACCGAAAAAGAAAACCAAACCAAAGGAGAUAAUUCUUUGUACAGCAAUCUCAUAUUCAUAAUGAUCAUAUGUCUUUCAAAUGUAUAUGAUACUAGUCUACACGGACUUGAAGAAAUGGAAUUGAAUCUUCCAUUUAUGUACUCUAGUGGCAAGGGCCUCUAUUUUGCAACUAAAGGCGUUAUAUGUAAGCCACCAUGUGUUCAUUUUCUUCAGGUUCGUGGAGACUGGUCCUUGGGCAUCACAGAAUGAAAUGAAAGAUUAUUAAAUAAAUUAUUUUUGAUUUUACAUUAACAUGCGUAUUGUUAUUUUGGAUACUUUAUGUUGAACGAAUGUCUUUAGGCUAUUUGUGUUUGACUGGCAUAACUUCAUGAGUUUUUUUGCUUUUCAACACAGAAAUUUUCCAUGGCCGGUCUUGUGGUUUUGGAGUGUGAUAACACUAAGGGAAUUCUUGAAUGGGUUGAUUUGACACAGUUUCUUCGUAUGCUGGAGUAUUUUUAUGACCAUUCUUUUUCUGCGCCAUUGCUUCUUGUCUUCU